GUACACAGGUAGUGCCCUAUACAAUCUUCCUAGGUGGACCACACUUUAGUCAUUCAUCAGUCAGUUAUCAUGUUCUGCUGGGGAGACGGUUCGAGUGGACAGUUUGGUCUAAACUUUGAGAAUGUGUCUGUUCCUAUAGCAGGGAAUAUAUUCUCUGAUAAAAUCACAGAAAUUGUUUGUGGGGAACAACACACUUUAUUUCUCACCGUAGAUGGCAGGAUCCUAUCAUGCGGGCGCAACUCAAAGGGACAACUUGGCAGACAGAGGAACAGAGAUUCAAAACUACCAGCCCCAGUGGAGGGUCUGGGGGCAGUGGUUUCUGUGGCUUGUGGUCAGGACCACUCUGUAGCUGUGUGCCCAUCAGGACAGGUCUACUCCUGGGGGGCAGGGGGUGAGGGACAGCUGGGCAUCGCACCUACUACUGUCUCCAAAGUCCCCAGGCCAAGACCAGUUCUAAUACCUUCGCCCUUGCCGAUAACAGUGAUACAGGUUGCUUGUGGAAAUUCCCAUUCUUUGGCCCUGACUAAAGGAGGACAGGUGUUCUCAUGGGGUCUGAACAGCCAUGGGCAGCUGGGUCUGGGGAAGGGAGUCCCUCUGCAGCCCAUACCUGCCCUGGUGCGCCCCCUCACAGGGGUCCCAGUGACCCAGGUAGCAGCCGGAGGAACCCACACUCUGGCCCUCACCCUCCCAGGCCUGGUCUACUGCUGUGGGGCAAACAGGGCUGGGCAGCUGGGACUCAACCGUGUGGAUGAGAAAGGCCGGUUCAACAUCUGUUCUGUGCCUGCUCUCAGAGUCUUGGGGGUUUCCUUCAUCAGCUGUGGAGAGGCACAUUCUGCUGUUCUCACCAAGGUAUCAUACUAUUACUGUGGAGAGGGACACUGUUGUUCUCACCAAGUUAUCAUACUAUUACUGUGGAGAGGGACACUGCUGUUCUCACCAAGGUAUCACACUAUUACAGUGGAGAGGGACACUGUUGUUCUCACCAAG